UCUUUUGUCUGCACAGCGUCCAGCCCCGUGUUCAUCAGGACCAGCAACCAUGGAGAUGAUGCGCCGCAAGGAGCGGCGCGGCGUGAGCCUGCGGGGCUUGCUGAGGAGGAACUGGCUGCUGGUGGCCACGGUGGUGUCGGUGCUGCUCGGCAUAAGUUUGGGCGUCCUGGUCAGAGAGUAUGCAUCCCUCUCACAUCUCCACAAGCAGUACUUUGGCUUUCCAGGAGAGAUCCUAAUGCGAAUGCUGAAGCUCGUCAUCCUUCCACUCAUCAUUUCAAGCAUGAUAACAGGCGUUGCAGCGCUCGACUCUGAGGUGUCAGGAAAGAUUGGCCUUAGAGCCGUUAUUUAUUACUUCUCAACAACCAUCAUUGCCGUUAUCCUUGGAAUUAUUUUGGUGAUGACUAUCAAACCAGGAGUUUCACAGGAAGCUGAGCACAUUGACAGAACUGGGACCACGCCCAACGUUACUACAGUCGACACACUCUUGGACCUAAUCAGAAAUAUGUUUCCAGAAAACUUGGUGCAGGCUUGUUUCCAGCAGUAUAAAACUAAGCGCAAAGAAUUGGAGCCGGGGAAAGAUACAGUCAACAGCACCAUCACCACGACAACUGCACCGCUCACAACAACCAUCAUGGCAGCAGUGGAGAACAUCACAAAGGACUACAGGAUUGUUGGGACGUAUUCGGACGGGAUCAACGUGUUGGGUCUUAUUGUGUUCUGCGUUGCCUUCGGCCUCGUCAUCGGGAAGAUGGGAGAGAAGGGUCGGAUCCUGCUGGAGUUUUUUGAUGCCCUGAAUGAGGCAACGAUGAAACUUGUCCAGAUCAUUAUGUGCUACAUGCCUGUCGGGAUCUUGUUCCUUAUUGCUGCCAAGAUCAUCGAGGUGGAAGACUGGGAGAUCUUCAAGAAGAUGGGUCUUUAUAUGGUGACUGUGCUGAGUGGUUUAGCGAUCCACGCUACCAUCUGUCUCCCACUCAUCUUCUUCAUCAUUGUGAGGAAAAAUCCGUACACAUUCACGCUGGGAAUGGCUCAGGCUCUGGUGACGGCGCUCAUGAUUUCCUCCAGGUCAGCAACGCCGUUGUUUUUACGUUGGUUGGGUUUUAUCUCUGCAUGUUCGGCCGUCGGGUUUCAAGCUCUCUUUACGUCCCUCAGCUCCGCCACACUGCCCGUCACCUUCCGCUGUGCCGAGGAGAACAAUCGCAUUGACAAGAGGAUCACCCGCUUUGUGCUCCCGGUGGGCGCCACCAUUAACAUGGAUGGCACCGCCCUCUACGAGGCCGUGGCCGCCAUCUUCAUCGCUCAGCUGAAUGACUAUGCUCUGGACGUGGGUCAGAUUGUCACCAUCAGUAUCACGGCGACGGUGGCCAGUAUUGGAGCAGCGGGGGUCCCUAACGCCGGGCUGGUCACCAUGGUGAUCGUCCUAACAGCUGUUGGGUUACCUGCGAGCGACGUCACCCUGAUAGUGGCGGUGGACUGGCUGCUGGAUCGCUUCCGAACAAUGAUCAACGUGCUGGGCGACGCUUACGGAGCCGGGAUCGUUCAGAAACUCUCCAAGAAGGAGCUGGAGAGGAUGGACCUGAUCUCGGACGUGGAUGUCGCCAACCCUUUUGCCCUGGAGGCGACUCUGGAUGACGAGGAAAGCGAGAAGAAGUCCUACGUCAACGGAGGCUUCACGGUGGACAAGACCGACGCCAUCUCCUUCACAGAAACCUCCCAGUUUUAGCGUCCCGGUGGUCUCGGAGGAGCGGUUAAAGUGCCACAUUGCUGCAGAACACGGAAAGCCUUCCCAUCAUGUAUCCGCACGAUAACUAGAGAGGAAAUCCGUCCAAACGGCCCAUCGACGCUCCGACAUCAGCAACAGGAGCCAUUAUUACGCUUACUCACCAUUAUUACGCUCCAUUUUGGACAUUUAUAACAACCAAUAAAUUCAAGUGCUUCCUUAUUACACUUAAAUUGUGCCAAGAUUAAGAAGCCUGUGUGUGUGUGCGUGUGUGAGUGUGUGUGUGUGUGUGUGUGUGUUCCCUUUGGAGCAAAGGUAUAUGUGUCUAUUUUACAAGAUAAAUAUAUAUAUUAGCUAACAAAGAGCUCAAACUGUGCUUAACAAGCUUAUUAGACGAUAUACAGAUGUUUCGUUGGUCCUUUUUGGGUGGCUGCUGUUGAAUGUUUAUGCCCCAUAAUGCACUGCUUGUAUAUUGAUGUUAUUGUAUAUCUAUAUUAAAAUUGUGCCAAAACACACAAGGAGAUUUUUCACCAAGGUGCAUGAAACAAUGUGCAGA